UUCCCUUUGUGAGCGUUGAACGUGUAUAACAAUGGCGAACGAGAACGAACCAGCGAAGCUACUGUUACCUUACCUUCAACGAGCGGAUGAAUUGCAAAAGCACGAGCCUCUGGUCGCCUACUACUGUCGAUUGUAUGCGAUGGAACGAGGUUUGAGGAUUCCUCAGAGUGAACGGACAAAAACUACCAGUUCCCUCCUUGUUUCCCUCAUGAAACAACUUGAAAAGGAUAAGAAGUCAUUGCAGUUGGGGCCAGAUGACCAUUUCCACCUGGAAGGAUUUGCUUCAAAUGUCUUUGCAAAGGCUGAUAAGCAAGACCGAGCUGGGAGAGCUGAUCUCAAUACAGCAAAGACGUUUUAUGCUGCCAGCAUUUUCUUUGAAAUCCUUAACCAGUUUGGUGAUGUUCCACUUGAUCUUGAGCAGAAACAGAAGUAUGCAGCAUGGAAAGCAGCAGAUAUUAGGAAAGCUAUAAAAGAAGGAAGGAAGCCUGUACCAGGCCCCCCUGGCGGUGAUAAAGAUCUGUCAGAUACAUCAAGCGGUGGAUAUGACAUGGAACCGAGCAGGAGUGAUUCGACCACCGGAUAUGCACCAGAAUCCCGUCCUUCCUCCCAGUCGUAUGAUAGAAGUGAUUCCCAGAAGUUUACAAAUACUUUUUCAUCAGCGCCACCGGAUAUUCCACCUCCACCACAUUCAACCAUACCUCCACCACAUUCAACCAUGCCUCCACCAUCUUCAAACAUCCCGCCAUCACCCUCAAAUCUGCCGCCACCAUCUUCAAACACACAUCCACCACCACCUUCAAAUUUUACGCCAUCUUCAAGCCUCCCACCCCCGCCAACCUAUUCUUCCGAUGAUUAUCCAUCCAAUCAUUUUCAGCAACAUCCUUCCCCCAACAUGGGAGAUCAUCCGAAUUACUCUCAGACUUAUCACCAUCCCUCAUCUUUUCCACUAGAACCUCAACAUCACCUUCCACAAAAUUACCCUUCUCACGAUGCCUCUUACACUUAUCCCAAUUUCCAAUCAUACCCCAGUUUUUCCGAAACUACCAUUCCAGCAGCUCCGGCUCAUUACCCUUCGUCUUACUAUCAGGGCUCUGAAACACCGUACUCCCCUCCAGCUACUAGACCGAGUGAUCAUCCGUCUACAGCUCAGUACAAGCCAAGCGGUGCAAACGGGCCGAUUUCGGAACCUGCACCGGCCGCUGCCCAGUCGUAUCAGUAUGACAGCAAUUACCAACCUACCCCUGAGAAAAUUGCGGAGGCACACAAGGCGGCGAGAUUUGCUGUUGGAGCGUUGGCGUUUGAUGACGUCUUUGUUGCCGUUGAUUAUCUUAAAAAAUCUCUUGAACUGCUUACUAAUCCAUCUGCAAGUGUUUGAAGAUCAAAAGUUUCAUAUCAACCCUUUUGCUUUUAUGGUUGUGUUUUUGGAUAUAUUUGUUCACGAUGUUCCUGUAAUGAACGUAUUAGAGUGAAAUGAUAUCUGGGUUUAUUUGUUGGCUA